AUGGCGGAGAUUGCUGGCCUGGUCCUGGGUACCAUUCCCCUGUUGAUAUCGGCCCUAGAGCACUACGAGGACUUUGUGAAGCCGACCGUAGCUUUCGUCCAAUGGCGAGGUCGAUUGUCCAAAGUAACACGACGCCUGCUGAUGGGAUAUACGGCCUACGAGCAAAACGUCCGCCUGCUGCUGACCCAGGUCUUAAGCAACGAAGAUCUCGUCAAGAUGAUCGGCAAUCCGCAAAGCCAUGAAUGGAUGGAGGAAUGGCUCGUCAGGGAGCUCAGCGAGAAGCUAGGCCACGCCUACAAGCCGACCAUUAGCACGAUCGAGGAGACCGCCGAGAUCAUGGUUUCCAUUGCCGCGAGUCUCAAUAUUGACGGCUCUGAUAAGGUUACCCAGGACGGAUUGGAAGCCAUCAAGUUCGAGUUCCGGAAACGCGUCGUUUUUACCAUGAAACGCCGAACCAUGAGUGAGAAACUCAGCCAGCUCGAAGACUGCAAUGCCAGACUGGAAGGCUUCCUGGAGAGGGCCGCGAAGCUUCAGGACGAAGUCGGAAGCCACAUGGGCUCAUCAGGUUCAUCGACCCGGAUCAAAUUCGUGGCACCACUGCACACAAUCCAACAGAAUGCGUCGAGGGUCCACCGAGCGUUGUCUCAUAGCUGGUGCCGGACGCACGGCAACCACCAGGCCGGCUUUCUCCUUGAGCAGAGGCUGAUCAGGCGCAAACGGCGGAACCGAGGAGGGCCUCCCCAGGCGGUCGGAUCCGUCAACCGUUUCGGCAUGUGCAUUUGGAGGGAAUCCAUUCUUACUUGGCUUGGCACCGAAUGCAGGUUGGAUGAUGAUACUCGUCCCGAUCCUAGCUAUGCGCCCAGAGUCCCAAGGAUAACAUUCUCAGAUCCCGGCCCUCCAGACCCGAUCCAGGAAGCAGUUACCGACAUAUGUUCAAAGAUCCAGUCUGCUACAUAUCCACUUAUGGGCUUUUAUCUCGACUCAUCAGAUGUGCUCCGGGGCUUUUACGAGGUGCAGAGGCCAACAUGCCAUUUGGUUGCCAACAGUAUCUCGCUGGGCGACUUCUUACCGAGCCUUAAGCGGGACGUUCUCCCCUAUCCAGAUUUCUACGCCCUGGCCAUCACCUUAGUCUGCUCUGUUCUCCAGCUGAGCGAAACCCCGUGGCUCCGCCAGCCGUGGAGCCGGCAGGAUAUCCACUUUCUGCGAGUAGAGGGGGCGAGUCACGGCUUAGUAGAUGUUCGGCACCCCUAUCUGACAAGGAGGUAUCCCAAUACCAGCACCUAUCUCCAACCAAUGAAUUCCGAAGCAGAGGACCAGAUUGACAAGCUAAACUUACUGGCUCUGGCCGUCAUGCUCCUCGAGAUCAAUGUCGGCCUUCCUAUUGAGAGCCACCGCGCACAGCAGGACUUGGGGUACAUCGGGGAUCUGAACGUGGGGACGGACCUCUUGACAGCACAGAGACUGCUUGCAAUCCAAGUGCGCCAGGGCAAAUUGUCGUUCGCUUUCACGGAGGCCAUCAAGUACUGCUUGCAGUGCUAUCUUGAUCCAACUGCAUCGUUUGGUAAUUUGGAGUUUGCGGCAACAGUCGAAGAGCGAGUUCUCAAGCCUUUAGAGAGGGAGAUGCAGGUUCUAUUGCUCCCAGGGGAGCCGGAAUGCUACCGUCUGCCAACAACUACACAAGUCAUUCGCCAUGUGCCUCCUCAGCCCCCCAUCAAAACUGUGAGACGGUACUCAUUCUUUGUCAACCAGUAUUUCCGCUUCCGGACCCGCCUCAUCUCCUCCACCGGCAUACUCGCCAGCCCGUCUCACCCGCGCGUGUUGAAACUGCAUCUCAGUCCGCCCACGCCUGCACAACAUUUCGUUCGCGUUUUAUUUGGCCUUUUUAGAGGCUUUAUCUGCCUGUGGACUGAGCGUGCACUCCCCGAGUGGUUCCUCCCCACUGACAUCAUCAUGAAGUCGCAAAGAGCAGAAUGCGAACCCCAUGUUGCGCGUGAACUCUUCGACACCGAAGUGCGCGCAUACAAGCGGCUUACGCCUCUCCAAGGCAAAACAGUGCCCAUCUGCUACGGCCAAGUCCGCCACGACGGGGCACAGGCGCUGCUUCUCCAGGAUGUAGGCGGGGUGUCGCUCGCCGAGCCUGCGGGCGCGACCCUAGAGCUCGACACCCUCUCCCGGCUGCUGCAGGAGUGCUACGGCGCCCUGCACGCUCUCGGCGUGCACCAUGACGAUCCACAGCUGGGUAACUUCCGCCUCGUAGGUGGAGGGAGCAGAAUUAUUGCGGUGGAUCUCGAGAUGGUGGCAUUUGACCGGUCUGUCGAGGAGAAUGCGUUCUUUUUGAAGACAAGUAUCUUGCAGCUCGCGAGUCGGUACCAGGAAGUGCGCGCGGGUUUCCGGAGAGAGGGUUUGUUAGUGGCAGCUUGA